AAAAGAAUACCGGAACAGUUGGAAUUGGAAUCUCUAAUGUCAGAAGAGUGUUGUUUUUCAAAAUAAAUUUCCAGAGUUUGCGUUUUGCGUUACAAAAUUGUUAUUUUCGUAUUUUGUGUCUAAUGAAUUAAAGUUUAAAAAAAAAUGUCAGCUUGCCGAUACACGCACGCAAUUGUGAGCAGGAUACCACUAUCUUUGCGGACUCGAGGGGAAAUUGAUUUAGAAGAAGCGAAGCGACAACACGAAACCUACGUUAGCCUACUACGAGACCUUGGUCUGGAUGUCAUUGAACUUCCGCCCGAUGAAAAUAUACCAGAGUGUACAUAUGUUGAAGACACAGCGGUCGUAUGUAAUGGUAUUGCUUUGAUAACUAGACCGGGAGCUCCGCACCGGUUGAAAGAGGUCGAGUCCAUUCGUACGGUGUUCAAAAAGGAACUGGAUAUUCCAAUCAUUGAGAUAGCCGACACAAAUGCUAGGUUAGACGGCGGGGAUGUGUUAUUCACAGGGAAAGAGUUUUUCGUCGGUUUAUCGGAAUGGACGAAUGAAGCCGGUGCAAAAGCUGUAGCAGCUGCCUUUCCUGAGUAUCCGUGCGUUCCGAUUAAGGUAACUGAACAUCGUCAUCUGAAGUACUAUGUAUCAAUGGGUGGACCCGAUCUACUGUUCGUUAGUAGUUCACGGGAAUCGCAGGAGAUACUGCGACGCAUCGAACGAGAAGCCACAUUCACCUAUCAAACGCUGACGUUGUCCGAGGAGCAUGCGGCCAAUGUUCUGUAUAUUAACGGAACACUUGUCCACCGAUCGUUAACGGAAAUUCCAGUAUCGCAUCAGAUCAUUGUUGAAAAGAUUGACAUUCCACGACAGAGCCUAGAAAUGUCGGAAUUAGGUAAAUUUUCGUCAGGUCUAACAUCGUGCUGCCUGUUGCUUCGUCGCUCUAAGUAUAUACGAAAUUUGUAAAGCGUUUAUGAAACGUUUGAAUCGACCGAAGAAUGUCUUCGUAAAAGUGUACUCUAAUCCUUUUUUCUGUUUUUAUUUUUAAUUUUUUUUACGUAAAAUACUCAUCAUCAUUAUCAUCAUCAACCAUUGAUAAACAUUCCUCUGUAAGCCAAAUAUAUUAUUGAUAUUUUAAAUCAUUCUCAAUAAUGAGUUCUGAGUGCUCAGACGUUCCAUUUUUUUAUUUGUUCCAAAUUGAAACAAAAAAUAGUUUGUAGAAGAAUGACAACAACUAUUGGACAUCAACACUGAAAUUGAUGUGUAUUGGUAGCUGGAGUACAGUAAAAUUACAGUCGGCGACUUUGAAGUAAGUGACGCAUUCCGUUUCAGCUAUUUUUCAUCUGACACAAACAAAUGUGUUUUACGUCCUUAAAUGGUUUUAUCACUACCACGCACGUGUGGGUAACUAUUUCACCGGUAUUACCAAGUAUAUCCAUUUUUGCUUGUAAGAGUGGAUCAACUGAAUAACAGCUGGAAUGCGUCACUUAUUUCAAAGUCCCCGACUGUUAACUGAAAGCAGCAAUAAACCAAAUCGAAAAUUUUCAUCACAAUUUACAGUCUAUGAGUCUCGGUGAGAAAUGCAUUCAAAUUAGAUUUUUUUUUUAAAGAAAAAUAUAUUUACUGUGAGCUAUGCAACUUCCAGCCAUAUUAUGUGUUUAGCAUAAUUUUGUUUGUGUAAGUAAUUCUAAGUAUUUAAGUGAAGGAAAAUGGAAAAUUUUCUUUGCGUAUCACCGUAGGUGGAAUGAGGUGGAAGAAGUUGAAUGGAAUGUUCAUACACAAACAAAUUCCUUGAAGAUUCAUUUAAAGAUUCUUUGUAAAUUGGAUGACGAUCGCAUUGUCAUUCUAUCAAGCACUGUGUGCAGACGUUGGUAAAAUAUCACGCAGAAAUCUGGAAUAUAAUUGACUAACAUCAAUGGUUAUUUACAUAACUAGGGCAGAACGUUUAUAAGCCAAAUUUUCGUACGAAGAAACAUUUAUCCGACGAAAUUAUUUUAUGUUCCUCUUGAUUUGCACUCACUUACUAGUUGCAAGAAAAAAUGUUUCGUAGUUUCGGAUACGAAACCUUCGUUCUAUUCAGACCCGACUUUGAUUUCAGCAUCCAAAAUGGAAUGAGCACCAAAUAUGAUACUAAAAGCGAAAUUUUUCCAUUUUCCUAUGUUUGUAUUUUGUAUGUUGUGUGUCUAGUUUAAUUCGUCAGAAUUGUGUCAACAGUUUUAAGUCUUCUAAAUUAAAAUGUAUCCUUAAUAUAUUAUUGAAUGUCUUAUAGAUAUAGCAUCCUGUAUUUUGCAAAAAAAAGAGAAAGAUCUUAAGCUUCUCCCAUACUACUUAAUCUCCUAGUAUUUGUAUAAAUUUUAUUUUAAUUUCUUAAAAGUUUAUUUUUCUACGCACAAUUUUGAAGUACAAAUUUCAAAUAUUUACAUCUUCCCGCAUCUUCCAUUACUCAUUCUUUAACAUAUUCCAUUUCGUAUUGAGUUCAUAAUUUGCUUUUCUACGGAAUCGAGUGUCUAAACUAAGUUUUUUAGUAUGCGAUAGAGAGGCGACACUUUUCAUCGAAAAUAAAAGAGAUCCAGAUGAUGUAUCGGGACAUCAAACGAAGCAAAAAAAUGCAGUUUUACAUAAGCGCAUUGAGAUAUCAACUAAAUUCAAACGUAUCAGGCAUACAGGUUCUUGAAAAAAAAGUCUCAUUUUGCAAUUAAAAUGUUUGCAUUUCCACAGCCACUUUUACACACAUCACAUCAGGUACUUGGCAUUUAAAACCGUUUUUCGCUUGCCAAUAUAAAACAGCUGGCAUAAACUUACACUCAAUUUCGGUUGGCAUUAACGUAUUGUCGUUAAUCUUAAUUUUAUGUCUCAGUAACAAACUUACUUCCGAUAACACAUUUUCGAGCAUCUACCAUCAAUCGAAAGUCUUAAAGGUUUCGAUUUAGUUUCUAUCAAGUUACGGUCCCUUGGUUACUACUUAAUUUUACCGCUCCUAGAGAGUCAUUAGACUAGGGGCUAUAGUUACACCAAUAAUCUCACGAUGACAUGUUUCUGCUGCAUUCGAUACUGAAGA